AAGAGAGCGGGGAAAAGUAGAGAGAGAAAGAGAGUCUUCUCAUAGAAGGUCUCGGCAAGCAACAGUCUCUUGUUCAGGUCAGGAUCAGAUCAUGUCUUGUUCGUCGUCCAGCGGUUCGGAGGAGGAAGAUGAAGGCAUUGAAUCGUACAGGAAAGGUGGUUAUCACGCGGUCCGUGUAGGCGAUUCCUUUUCCGGUGGACGCUACAUCGCUCAGAGGAAGCUUGGAUGGGGACAGUUCUCCACAGUUUGGCUCGCUUAUGACACUAAAACCUCUGAAUAUGUUGCUUUGAAGAUUCAAAAAAGUGCACUACAAUUCUCACAAUCAGCUCUUCAUGAGAUUAAACUCCUUUCUGUCGUUGCUGAUGGUGACCCUUCUAAUAGUAAAUAUGCUAUAAGGUUGAUUGAUCAUUUCAAGCAUAGUGGUCCAAAUGGACAACAUUAUUGUAUGGUCCUUGAAUUUCUUGGCGAUAGCUUACUACGGUUGAUCAAAUAUAACCGUUAUAAAUGCCUUGAAUUGAAUAAAGUGAGAGAGAUAUGCAGAUGCAUUUUGAUUGCAUUGGACUAUCUUCAUCGGGAGCUUGGGAUUAUACACGCUGAUCUAAAACCUGAGAAUGUUCUUCUUCUGUCCACUGUUGAUCCUUCAAAAGAUCCUAUUAAGUCUGGUUUAACUCCUAUCCUGGAAAGACCGGAGGGAAACAACCCAAAUGGAGGAGUCAGUAUAAACAUGAUAGAGAAAAAACUAAAAAGGAGGGCAAGAAGGGUUGUUGCAAGAAUAUCUGAACGACGAGCUGCCAUGGGAGGGGAUCAAAAGCAAGAGAGAUCAUGUCAAUUAGAUGGAAUAGAUAUGAGGUGUAAGAUUGUUGAUUUUGGGAAUGCAUGUUGGGCUGACAAAACUUUUGCGGAAGAGAUUCAAACUAGACAAUAUAGAGCCCCCGAGGUUAUUCUCCGUUCUGGAUACUCUUUCUCUACAGACAUAUGGUCGUUUGCUUGUAUCGCGCUUGAGCUAGCUACUGGUGAGAUGGUAUUUACACCUACGGGUGGCCAAGACUACAGCGAAGAUGAGGAUCAUCUGGCUCUAAUGAUGGAACUCCUAGGCAAAAUGCCAAGGAAAAUUGCAUUAGGGGGAGGAGGUUUAUCAAAAGAUUAUUUUGAUAGACACGGGGAUUUGAAGAGGAUUCGAAGGCUAAAAUACAUGCCAAUGGAUCAAUUUCUAGUGAGUAAGUUCAAGUUCAGUGAAUCGGAUGCAAAGGAGUUUGCAGCAUUUCUCUGCCCCCUUAUGGAUUUUACGCCAGAAAAGAGACCAACAGCAGAGCAGUGUCUACAACACCCGUGGCUCAAAAUGGAGAAUCCGAGUAAGGAUCAUUUGAAGUGUGAGCCUAGCAGCGUUCAGAAGGUCAAAAUGGGUAUGAACAAACUUCAGAUUAACGCAGGCAAGUAAAGGCCCGGGUCAAGCUCUCCCACUCAUACCGGUAUUGCUUAAUUUCAGUUUUGCAAUUUUAUUGUUAUAAUUUUUUUGAGGGGUACACCCAAAUUCGCAAUAAAAACAUUAUUGUUUUUGUUUGAUUUUGUUUUGAAAUGUGUGUAUAGUGUAGCUUUAACAAACAUGUAUAGUAAGUAGCACCAUCGGUGAUUGUGUCUUGUGAGGAUUUAAUGAUUAUAACUCCUUGAAUUGAGUUUUUUA